CAAGAGUUGAUCACUUUGGAUGUUAAAAUUGGUUGAGUUGUAAUUGUUUCGUUUGACUGGUUUUUCUGUUUAAUUUGAUUUUGUUUUAUUCUUUACUUGGUUAUUUGUUGAUUGUUUUCUUCUGUGAAAUUGUUUUACUCUUAUCAAAAUGGCUCCACGAAUUCCUGACUCAUCAACUGAUGAACAAAUCCAACCAAUUGAAACUGGAUUAAAGGACAAGGAUAAUGUUUACGUUGAUCACAAAUUACAAAUUGCUUGGCGUAAUGUUGUCCUUUUUUCACUUCUCCAUAUUAUGUCAAUUUAUUCAAUCAAAUUAAUUCUCACAUCCGCUGCAUGGCAAACAAUCCUUUUCGCGUUCUUUCUCUACAUUUGCAGUGGACUUGGAAUCACCGCUGGAGCUCAUCGACUUUGGUCUCAUCGAUCUUAUAAAGCCAAGUGGCCAUUAAGAGUAAUUCUUUGCAUCUUUAAUUCCAUCGCUUUCCAAAAUCAUAUCUAUGAAUGGGCACGAGACCAUCGAGUCCAUCAUCAUUACUCCGAAACGGAUGCUGAUCCUCACAAUGCAACUCGUGGAUUUUUUUUCGCUCACAUGGGUUGGCUUCUUUGUAAAAAACACCCUGAGGUUAAAAGGAAAGGAGCUAAUAUCGACUUAAGUGAUCUUCUUGCUGAUCCUAUUAUCCGAUUCCAGAGAAGAAAUUACCUCAAACUGGUCUUCCUCUUUUGCUUCUUCCUACCAACAGUAAUUCCAGCAUUUCUAUGGGGAGAAUCAUUUUGGAAUGCAUACUUUAUCUGUUCCGUAUUCCGAUAUUGUUUCACUCUUCAUGUUACCUGGUUAAUCAAUAGCGCUGCUCAUAUGUGGGGACAACAUCCAUACGAUAAACACAUUAGUCCAGCUGAAAAUUUGGUAGUUUCAAUUAGUGCAAUUGGUGAAGGCUUCCACAAUUAUCACCAUACUUUCCCUUAUGAUUAUUCUGCUAGUGAACUUGGAAUGAGAUUCAAUUUGACAACCAUGUUGAUCAAUUUCAUGGCCAAAAUUGGUUGGGCAUAUGAUCUGAAAAGAGUCUCACCCAAUGUACUUAAACAGCGUAUUGAACGUACUGGUGAUGGAACUCAUUUCAGUUUGGUUAAUAAUAAAUCUUUGUAAACAAACAAUCAAAAAAAAACAAAAAAAAAUCUUCAAAUUUGCAAAAGUUUAACCCAAGUUAAAAUUCAACUGAGUAAACGAAAAAUAAACAUUAUGUUCCAUUUGUACUCUUA